AUGACUACUGAUACAAUAGAUAUAGAUGCUCAACUUCAAUUAAAUUCAUAUUUAAAAAAUAACUUUAUUGAAGGUUUUGCCAUUAAAAAUUUCCGUGAACGCUAUCUUAUACCAAGUAGUAAUAACAUUUUUGGUGGCGUUCAAAUUGAAUAUAUUCUAAUCGAUAGUAGUUCCAAUUCUUCCUUAUUUCCAUUACCAAUGACAUUAAACAAUACGUUCGAUAUUAAUAUUUUAUUAAAAAAUUUUCCAUAUGAUAAACACAUAUGGUCAAUUGGAACAGCACAUGGUGUUGGUCUAUUACCAGAUACAACAUUACAUAUUAAACCUAAAGAAUCAGAUGAUGGAUCACUUUGUACAAUAAAAUGUUCUUUACAUGUUGACAUUAAACCACUAGAAUUUCAAUUACCAUACAUACGUUUUUUAUUGGACGAACAAUCAAUAAAAGUUUUACUUGAAACAAAUGAAAUUCCAUUCUCAGCAACAGAAAAAGGAAUAUUACGAAGUAGAAUAAGUUUUUUCAAUGAAUUUGGAAAAAAUUUUCCAUCUAUAAGAAGUACAAAAAAGCGUGAAUAUUGUCUACUUGGACAACACUUUCUCAAAAAUUUAUGUACAAUACAAAUAAAUGAUACUAUGGUUUUUGUUAAUAAAAAUAAAACACGUGAAAAAUUAUUUCCACUUGCUAAUAGGAGUAUUAAUGAAGUGGCUGAUUAUUUAUACCAUGAACGUCCAUUGUUUUCAAGAACAGAAAAAUUUUUGAUGUGUGAAGAUGAUGAACAUGGUGGAUCUGAUUUUUUGAAUAUUUCGGGUAAUAUAAUUGACAUUGAUGAACAUUUAAACUAA